GAUGUAAGAUUGUGACAUUGAUUGACACAUCAUAUCAUAAUGUUCUAUGUUUCAGAGCAGUACAAGGCACUGCUAAAACUAGUGAGCGAGGCCCAGAACCAAAGUCAAGCAAAGAAGCUCCAUUGCAGCAUAAUCAGAAUCCUUACAAACCCAGAUACUUUUCUCUCAAACAAUCUCAUUAGCGCGUACUCUAGAUUGGGCAACUUAGCUUACGCUCACCGUACGUUCGAUCAAAUCCCUCAACCUAACAUCUUCUCAUGGAAUACCAUCCUAUCUGCCUUUUCGAAGGCUGGUCGCCUCUUUGAAAUGCAAGAAAUCUUCAAGCGAAUGCCUGAUCGUGAUGGGGUUUCUUGGAAUUCCGUUAUUUCGGGCUACGCUUCUUGUGGAUUGGGAUAUGAUUCGGUGAAGACCUACAAAUCAAUGGUGAGUGAUGGCCCUGAGAAUCUGAAUCGGAUUACUUUCUCCACAAUGCUAAUCUUGUCUGCAUAUUUGAGUUCUAUCGUAUUGGGUAGACAGAUUCAUGGGCAGAUCGUGAAAUUUGGGUUUGAAUCAUAUGUUUUCGUGGGUAGCCCUUUGGUAGACAUGUACACAAAAGCUGGCCUAAUAUUUGAUGCAAAGAGGGUAUUUGACGAAAUGUAUGAGAGAAACAUAGUUCUGUACAAUACAAUGAUCACAGGGUUCUUACGGAGUGGGAUGAUCGAUGAGGCAAAGCAUUUGUUUCAUGAAAUGUCUGAUAGAGAUUCAAUUUCAUGGACGACGAUGAUUACAGGGCUUACCCGAAAUGGAUUGGAUCUAGAAGCAUUGGACGUUUUUAGAGAGAUGAGAUUGGAAGGCUUGGUUAUGGAUCAAUUCACUUUUGGAACUGUCUUCACUGCUUGUGGGAGUCUUGUAGCUUUGGAACAAGGUAAGCAGAUCCAUUGUUAUAUAAUUAGGACUGAAUAUAUGGAUAAUGUUUUUGUAGGUAGUGCUCUUGUUGACAUGUACUCCAAGUGUGGAAGCAUAAGAUCUGCAGAGACAGCUUUCAAGCGAAUGACCCAUAGAAAUAUUGUAUCUUGGACGGCAAUGCUUGUGGGUUAUGGUCAAAAUGGGUUUAGCGAGGAAGCUGUGAAGAUUUUCUCCCAGAUGCAAAGAAAUGGGGUUCAGCCUGAUGAAUUUACACUAGGCAGCGUGAUUAGCUCAUGUGCUAAUCUAGCAAGUUUAGAAGAGGGUUCACAGUUUCAUGCUCAUGCCCUUGCAUUGGGUUUGGUUACUUCUCUUACAGUUUCCAAUGCACUCAUUACCUUGUAUGGUAAAUGUGGAAGUCUUGAAGAUUCUCACCGCUUGUUUAAUGAGAUGCAUAUCAGAGAUGAAGUUUCUUGGACUGCACUUGUUUCGGGGUAUGCCCAGUUUGGAAAAGCCAAGCAGACAAUUGAGUUAUUCGAAAGGAUGUUGGCCGAUGGCUUGAAACCCGAUGGAGUUACCUUCAUUGGAGUUCUUUCAGCUUGCAGUAGAGCAGGACUGGUGGACAAGGGAUAUGAGUAUUUUCAUUCCAUGGUGCAAAAACAUGGAAUAAUGCCAACUUCAGAUCAUUACACAUGCAUGAUAGAUCUUCUUAGUCGAGCAGGGAGAACAGAAGAGGCAAAAGAUUUUAUAGAGAGGAUGCCUUGUUGUCCUGAUGCAAUUGGAUGGUCAACAUUACUUAGCUCAUGUAGACUUCAUGGUAACUUGGAAAUUGGGAAAUGGGCAGCUGAUUCUUUGCUAGAAUUAGAACCAGAGAACCCUGCAAGCUAUGUUUUGCUCUCAAGCAUGUAUGCUUCUAAAGGGAAAUGGGAUGAUGUUGCUCGUUUAAGAAGAGGCAUGAGAGAUCGAGGAGUGAGGAAGGAACCCGGUUUUAGUUGGAUUAAAUAUAAGAAUAGGGUCCACAUAUUUUCAGCUGAUGACAGAUCAAAUCCAUAUUCAGACCAGAUAUAUGCUGAACUGGAGAAGCUCAACCAAAAAAUGGUAGGGGAAGGUUAUGUACCUGACAUGAGUUCUGUUCUCCAUGAUGUAGAAGCAGCAGUGAAAAUAAAGAUGCUUAGCCACCAUAGUGAGAAACUAGCAAUUGCUUUUGGGUUGAUUUUUAUACCUGCUGGCUUGCCUAUACGAAUUGUUAAGAAUCUCAGGGUCUGUGGGGAUUGCCACACUGCAACUAAAUUUAUUUCUAAGAUCACCCAGCGAGAGAUCCUUGUAAGAGAUGCUGUCAGGUUCCAUCUGUUCAGAGAUGGAACAUGUUCAUGUGGAGAUUUCUGGUGAUGUGGUUUUGCUUUGCCAGAAGUGAAAAACUUGAGG